AUGGCGUCGAACAUGGUGAUGCUAUACAGAGAUGACGGCAAAGGAAAACACUGCAACCCUCAUGUGUUCUUCUUCUCCAAGAAUGCAUCCGAAAAUAAUGGUGCCUAUCGCAUAGAUCACAACUUUUCUGCCACAACUUGCAACGAAUCAACAUCUCCCUCUUCUUCUUCAAAAGUGUUUGAUAAAAUCCUCCAUCUUGAUUAUGCAAAUCCCACAAUGUUCAAGGAUCAUCAGCAACAAAUGAGGGAUAAAAUCACAUUGGUAAUCCAUGGAUGGAAAGCAAUGAGCUAUUUCUCUUAUCCAAGACUUCUCUAUUGGUUUCUGGAGCUUGUGGGGAAUGCCAUCACUGAGAAUUGUUCUCUAGCAGUCGAAACAAGCUCUAGUCAGAUCCUUCGAGUUGCGCUAUGUGUGAGCUCCCCAUCAAAUGCUUUGAAGCCAAUGGAUGUCGUAUCUGCAGCUCCAUUUACGUACUCAGGGUCUCCAGGAACAACUGAUGUCCUCAAGUCUGGACUUCAAAAAUGGGCGGGCGAUGCGAACACCUACACGAGUGAUCGGGACCAAUACAUCGAGGUUAUUACAUCCCCGAAUAAUCCUGAUGGAUUCAUAAGGGAAGCUGUGGUAAAACCUCAAAGCAGUCCAGGAACCCUAAUUCACAACCUCUCGCGAUAUCAUGCCGUUUUCGGUUGGCUUCUUGUUAAGGAUUGCGAGAUUGCAUCAACGAAAAUCACUCAAUUCGCUAUGCUUAGCGCUACUGGUGUGUCGAAAAGUGUAGCAUCUCCGAGCAAAAUUGACUUUUGA